AUGUCCUGCGCCUUGGUUCUCUUCAUGACGCCCGGGUUGGCAUUCUUUUACGGCGGAUUAGUACGCGAUAGCAAUAUCGUGAACACUAUGAUGAUGAGCAUCAUCUCCAUGGGGCUCACGACUCUCACUUGGAUGAUCUUCGGCUUCUCCUGGUCCUUUGAUGCCUGGGGCGCCGGCAAGGGCUUCACCUACGUGGGCUUCCGCAACUUGGACGGUGUCUGGCCCGACACCACGAUGCCAGGCUUGACCUUUGCCAUUUUCCAGAUGACCUUCGCGAUAAUUGGGGCCGCGAUUAUCUCUGGCGCAGUGGUGGAGCGCAUCCGCUUCUCUGCCUAUGCUAUCUUCAUCGUCGUUUGGGUGCUGGCUGUUUAUGUCCCGCUGUGCCACUGGAUUUGGGGCGGCGGCUGGAUCGCCGAGAUGGGUGCCAAGGAUUUUGCGGGAGGCACCGUGGUGCACAUCAGCUCCGGCACCUCCGCCAUCGCGCUGGCGUCCCUGCUGGGUGAGCGCAAGCACCGGGCGGAGAGCUUCCCGUCAAACCUGCCCUUCGUGAUCCUGGGUGGGGGCAUCCUCUGGCUGGGAUGGACCGGCUUCAACGGCGGCUCGGCCUUCGCCGCCAACGGCGACUGUGCUCUGGCCGUCGCCACCACGUAUGUGGCUGCCGCAGCCGCCAUG